AUGUCAUAUAAUCUCAAUAAGUUUACAGCAGAUGUAUCACGACUGUUCAAGCCAAGACCACCAUUAGAGUACAAAAAGCCAGUCGAUUAUCCGCUGGAAAAGCGUCAAACAUGUCCGCAUAUCUCAGGUGUUGCUGGUUUGCUAAGGGAUUCCUUGAAUGAUUACAUGGAGCGUUUCCCUGAAGGAUCAGAGAACGCUCACCUUCGAAAAUAUGAAGAGGCUGCUAAUCACAAGACCGAAGAGCGCCGGCAACUGGAUAAUGAAUUGCGUCGAUGGAACCCGCAUAACGAUCCCAAUAUGAAAGAUACUGAUCCCUAUCGAACGAUUUUUGUCGGUAGACUACCAUAUGAUACAUCAGAAGUCGAGCUACAGAAGAAGUUCAGUGAGUUCGGCGAAAUUGAAAAGGUCCGAGUUGUCAGAGAUAAGAUAAGCAACCAUUCUAAAGGCUAUGCGUUUGUGGUGUUCACCGAUCCUCAAAGUAGCAGAUCUGCCUGUAAAGAAUAUGGGUUGCAUAGAGGAAUCAAGAUCAAAGAGCGUACCUGUAUCGUAGAUAUCGAGAGAGGCCGAACCGUCAGGUACUUCAAACCUAGAAGGCUUGGCGGCGGAUUGGGCGGUCGAGGCUACACAAAAGCUGAGGAUAUGUCGAGAUUUUCUACUGGCCCUGCGACGAGGUUUGGCGAGCAACCUCAUAGAAGAUCGACCUACGAGACAAAAAGAUAUGGAACCAACUGGCCUUCCAGGCCUAGAUACACAGGCCCAAGCAGAUUUUCACAGUCUACACCUGUACCUCGCGCCUCAGCUCCUGUGACUUCAGAUUCUUCGGGCUAUCGAGGACCAUCCAUGACGAGUCCCGCCUUGCCAGUUAAGACAUCGUAUAGAUCGAGAAACGCAAGAGCUCACGAGACCAGGGGAACCAGCAAGAUCGAGGAGCCGGACUACUGA